GAAAGGUAAAGCAAAGUGUAAAGCCAGUUGAUAUGAUUGAUCCAAACAUAGUAUAGGCAAAGAAGCCAAAGGGGGGAACAGACAACACCCAAGAGAAGUCAAGUCUUGGGGAACCAAAUGAUUGAGCCUUCAGGGUAAAUAACAAGUCAUGCAAGAACAGGGGUGAAGCUGUUCAGCUGAAGAGACGAGAGGAAGAGGGAUAUAGGCUUCACAAGGCAAGCUAAGCAGUCCAGAGCAAAAUUAGUCCACAGAGAAAGAGGGGCUGACACUGGACAGAAGAGAGAUCAAGGCUGACUCAAGUCUCUGCUGCCUCUAACCUGAUUAGGAAGAACAGGAGCGGUGGAGGAGCUGAGUUCGGAGACCCGAUCAGCAGAAAGUACGAGCCAGCAAGAAAAGAAGAAAAAGGAGAAGGAAUUACAAGAGGGAGCCUGACGAAAGAAGCCUCUUAAAUCUGGGAGCUGGAAUUGGAGCCGCAGGAACUGCAGAGGGGAAGCCACAAAACCGCAGUGAAGAUGCCUGCUAACGGAAACCAUCCCUUGAAGUUACAGUUUGGUCUUAUCAAUCAUGAGGGUCGUUACCUCACUGCAGAAAACUUUGGUUACAAGCUGAAUGCAUCAGCUCCAAGCCUAAAGAAGAAGCAGAUAUGGACUCUAGAGCAAGACUCCCAGGAGACCCAAGUUGUGUAUUUACGCAGUCAUCUGGGACGCUACUUGGCUUCUGACAAGGAUGGCAAAGUCACCUGCGAGGCAGAUGGUCAUAACUCCAACUGCCGCUUCCUCAUCAUACCGCAGUCAGACGGCCGCUGGGCCCUCCAGUCUGAGCAAUACCUCCGCUUCUUCGGUGGCUCUCGGGACUACCUGUCUUGCUUCGCUCAGAUUAUCACAGAUGCCGAGCUUUGGGCAAUACACCUGGCUCUGCAUCCGCAAGCCAACCUGCUGUCUGUCGCCCGUAAGCGGUAUGCCCACCUCUCCACGGAGGACGGGGAAAUCGCAGUGGACAGGAACAUUCCAUGGGGUGUCGAGGCACUCUUGACUCUCGUCUACCUGGAUGGGAAGUACUGCUUAAAGACCUGCGACAGCCGCUUCCUCAGCAGCGAUGGGAAGCUGCAGACAGAGAAUGGGAGGGCCACAACAUACACACUGGAGCUGAAGUGUGGGAAGCUUGCCUUUAAAGACAGUGAGGGAAAGUAUUUGUCUCCCAUGGGCCCCACAGGGACCCUGAGGUCAGGACGAUGCUCCAAGCCAGGCAAAGAUGAACUGUUUGACUUGGAGGAGAGCCAUCCACAAGUGGUUUUGAUAGCAGCUAAUGGCCGUUAUGUCUCCAACAGGCAAGGAGUCAGCCUCGCCGCUAAUCAAGAAGAUGAAACUGACACGGAGACGUUUCAGAUGGAGAUCGACAGGGAGACCAAGAUGUGCACCUUCCGCACCAGCCAAGGUUUCUACUGGGCCCUGGUGGCUCACGGCGGCGUGCAGAGCACCGCCACAGCAGUAUCUGCAAACACCAUGUUUUCAGUGGAAUGGCUCAGCCACAAGGUGGCGAUAAAAGCAAGCAAUGGCAAAUACAUCUGCACCAAGAAGAAUGGCCAGUUACUGGCAGUCAGUGACACCAUAGGUGAGGACGAGCAGCUCACUCUGAAACUGAUCAACCGGCCCAUGCUGAUCCUGAGAGGGGACAACGGCUUCAUCUGCCACCACAGGAACUCCAACACGCUGGACGCCAGCAGAUCAGUCUACGACAUCUUCACCCUGGAGUACAGCAGCGGAGCCUAUCAUAUUAAAGGUGUGGACGGGCGGUUCUGGUACGUGAACAGCAGCGGGCUGGUGUGUGCAGACGGCGAGGCUCCGGAGGAUUUCACCCUGGAGCUCCUGGAGCGCGGCCGCCUCGCCAUCAGAGGAAAAAACGGAAAAUACCUACGCGGAGACCAGGGAGGCACGCUGAAGGGAGACGGGCUGAGCCUCAGCAGCUCGGCUCUGUGGGAGUUCUAGAGCAAACUAAUACCAGACCCAACUGUUCUGCCAGGCUUGGAGAUUCACUGAGGAGAGAAGUCUCUAAAGUUUCCUGGUGCUGAAGAAUGAGACAGAUGUUCAGCUGGAGAAGAGCUGGAGAAGAGACCGUGCAGUAUGAUAAGCCAACAGAAGUAUUUUCAAGAUCUGUAGCCUGAAAAUUAGCCUGAAUAAACAUUAGUUUGGUGUUUUUCUUUUAGAUUGUUUUCCAGUAGACAAUUGAUGCAAGCAGAAAUUCAUGUCUGAAACUGUAGAAAUUAAAGGCAUUCAGUCAUAAGUGGAAA